CAUUAUUUUAAUUAGUAACAAAAUUUAAGCUGAGACAAUUGAAAUAUUAAUGAAAAGGCUGUGAUUUAAUCCGCGAAGAAUAUUUUCUCUUUUGAGAGAACAUUGUUACAUAACGUUAAAUAUUUUUAACAUUUGUUAAAUACUGUUAAUAUAAACUUUUCUAGGAUUUCUUAUUUUAAAUCAAUUAGUGCCUGAAUCUUUCUUAGUCAUGAAUGAAUUUCACAUCUGACCAAGAAAGAUGCUCGCUCGAAUGGCUGGUAUCACGCGUGUUGAGAAACUGCCCUACGCCAUGCAAACUUUGCCAAGCGACAACCGAAGCCAAUCAUCGGGAGAGAAUCAUCGAGGGAUUUUAACUUCGAAAUAAUUGACGCCGUACUUUAAGAUUUGAGAAACUUGUUGCUUCUCCUUUAUAAAAGGUUCGCGAUUCGCUUGUACGUUGUUUUGUAAAAUAAAGUUUGAUCGCUAUUUUUAUCAUAUCUGUCGCUGAAACGCAUGGAUCUUAACAAAGCGGCUGGGCAUUAACGCCACUCUUGUUCACAUACCUUUUUCAAGUAUACGACCAGCCACAGGGCAGCACGGAUCUCUCAUCACCCGAAGACUGCACAGUCCGGCGUUUACGAUUCUGACUUUUCUAAUAGAUCUCUAGUUACGUAGAUUCUCGUAAGCAGUAAGAAUCACACGUAGCGAUUUUAUAUUAAAAUUUUAGCAUUUUUCGUAAAGUCACAUUGUGCUUCUGCGUCACCGUAGCCCGCGCGACGAGAGCGUCGCUGAAUACAGGUUCGUCGGGAAGAUGCCACGCGGUUCUCACAGUUUCAGGUUUUUACGCGACAACUCCGCAGCUGGAUCUGUUGCAAUUCUGCAAGGGCUUCGAGACCGAGAGCAGUAAUAGGGACUUCGGCCAGGACUGCCCGUCCAUGUCAAGAUCAAUCAAUUAUUAUCCUCAAUAUUAUCCUACCGGCCGCGUGAGAAAUACCUCCUAUCACCCGAAGGGCACGUCCACCGACAACAAGCCCUACGGUUGUCCCAAGUGCGGCCGCUGUUUCACUGUCAAGGGCAAUAUGACCAGGCAUUACAAGUUCGAGUGCGGUCAGGAGCCGCGCUUCCAGUGUCCCUAUUGCGAGUUCCGCAGCAAGCAGACGUCUAACGUGAUGUCUCACAUCAGAACCAGGCAUUCCGGUCAGAAGGUCUACGUGGUGCACCUCAAAUAUGAGGACAAAUAAGAGAGAAGGACGGUCGUGUGGGACGUUGCAAUUUCGCAUGAUUUCGGCUCGAUUUGGAACGAGCGGGGAACCGCACUCGUGCGAACGGAAUGAGUCAUUUGGGAAUUUUGAAUUUUCCCCGGACAGCUUUUGUGUGCACCUAGAAAAACGAUUUAUUCAGGUGACAACACAUGAGAUACGUUGAAAUCAUAUUUCGUCGAAUUUGUUAAAGUUUUCUUUACCUCCGCUAAAACAUUUGCUAGAUUUGAAGAAACAGAUAUGAAUUCUCUUAGAGAUCCCAGUCUCUAUCGAAU